ACCAAAACUGCUGGAGUCUAAAAGUGGAGCGUGAAUUUUAUGGAUGGAUUUUUUACACCUAGUUAAAGCAUGUAGUUAUGAAUUAUGGUUGAAAAAUUUAAACAUGUAUCUUUCUUUUCCCAUUAGAUGAAAAUAAUCAUUGCAAUUACACUAUGAAGAGUAAGAAGCCUAUGCAAAGAAUCCAACUUUACCUAUUACAAAUAAGUGCCUCGCUAAUUUAUAGUUUUCACCACACAAGACGAGACUGGAAAGGAUCUUUGGCUAACUUGGUGUUACCUAUUCUCUUUGUUACAAUGGCAAUGGGCAUGUUUAAUUUGAAGCCAUUUUCUUUUGAUCAUCCACCACUUAAACUGUCUUCUGACCUAUAUUCUAAUGAACAAGCUUUAUUUUUCAGCACUGACUCUAGUCAUUCAAACAGCUUUCCUGAAGUAAUAGCAAGACAUUUUGGAAGCCAAAACAGUACAUGCACUUAUACUAGUAUGAAUAUAUCAUGUUUGCAAAGUGUAAAGAAGACUAAUAAAAUGGAACCAUGUGGAUAUUUUAGCAACAAUGAGAAUUAUGUAAGCAAUCAUUCACUAUUUAAAUAUCUUAAUGACAAUUAA